AUGCGGAAGACUUCCCUGCUGCCCAAGGUCCUGAUUUUGGGCAUCCUGGGAGUCCUGAUUCAAGCCCCAGGGCAUCAUGCAGAUGACCUCAUCAGGACCACUGAGCCUGGACAGAUCCAAGGCACUCAAAUCAGUGUCAAGGAGAUUGACAAAGUUGUCAAUGCUUUCCUGGGAAUCCCCUUUGCCGAACCCCCUGUGGGGGCUCUGAGGUUUUCUCCUCCACAACCACCAGAUUCCUGGAGCAACGUGAGAAAUGCGACUACUCAUCCAUCUGAACUGGCAAACUGUUCUAGUAUCCCUGCCAAGAAACCUCAUAUGGGUUAUGACAGGUGUUUGCAGCAUAUCAGUCCCCUAGAAAAAAUGGCAGAUGACAUGAAAGUAAAUAUCCCUAUUCCUGCCAGCUCUGAAGACUGUUUGUACCUCAAUAUCUAUGUUCCUGACCAUACAAAGGAGUGGGCCAGAUUGCCAGUGAUGGUGUGGAUCCAUGGUGGUGCUCUCACUGGUGGUGCUGCUUUCCUAUAUGAUGGUUCGAUAUUAUCUGCCACCCAGAAUGUGGUAGUGGUCACCAUCCAGUACAGGGUGGGGAUCCUUGGCUUCUUCAGCACUGGGGAUGAGCAUGCACCUGGCAACUGGGGUUACCUGGAUCAGGUUGCUGCCCUGAGAUGGGUCCAGAAGAACAUUGCCCACUUUGGAGGAGAUCCCAUCCUUGUCACCAUUUUUGGCGAGUCAGCUGGGGGGACGAGUGUUUCCUCACAGGUUCUAUCCCCCAUGUCCAAAGGCUUAUUCCACAGAGCAAUCAUGGAGAGCGGUGUGGCCUUUGCCCCUACCUUGGUUUGUUCCAACUCAGAAAUGGUUACAAAUGCCAUUGCCAAUCUAUCUGCUUGUAAUAGACGCAGUUCUGCCUCCAUGGUUCAGUGCCUUAGGAGCAAAUCUGAAGAAGAGAUCCUGGCCAUUGCUGAGCAUUUGGACGUAAUCCCUAGUGUAGUUGAUGGGAAAUUCUUCCCCAAACAUCCUGAAGAGAUGCUGGCUGCAGGAGAGUUCCACCACAUCCCUUCCAUUCUUGGGGUCUUCCACAGGUGUGGUUGUGAGAGGUGGAACCAGAAGGUUGACAUACCUGUUCUGCAGAGUUGUAUACCUUCUGAACUUGUGCCAUUGGUGAUGGAAGAAUAUUUAAGAGACACUGAGGACCCGGGACAAUGUCGAGCUCAAUUCCAGGAAAUAGUGGGAGAUUUCAUCUUUGUUAUUCCUUCCCUCAAAGCAGCCAGAUAUCAAUACAGUCACAGCUCUCCAGUCUACUCUUAUGAAUUUCAGCAUCGACCAAGUUGGGUUAAUGGAAUCAAGCCAGAUUUUGUGAAAGCAGACCAUGGUGAUGAUGUGCCUUUUGUCUUUGGAGUGCCUUAUUUAGGCGAGGCAACAGAAGAGGAAAAACUCCUGAGCCACAGGAUAAUGACAUACUGGGCAAACUUUGCCCGUCACGGGGACCCAAAUGGUGCAGACCUUUUUCACUGGCCAGUCUAUGACCAGGAGGAAGAGUACCUGGAGCUGAAUUUGCAGCUGUCUUUGGGAAAGAGCCUGAGGAAGAAUAAGUGGGAGUUCUGGACCAAGACUGUGCCUGAGAAGAUGAAGGUAUCACAGUCAGAAAAGGCUCAGAUGGAGCUGUGA